AUGUCUUCCGUUCCAAACGGUGCAGACAUCUCUGCUGGUACUCACCCGGAUCUGUCGCUCGGUUCAUUCGUAUCAGGUCCCAGUACACCCGGCAGACCACUCCGUGUCCCGUCAAUUUCAUCACCUGCUCCUAGCAACGGUGAUGGCCCAGACACACCCCUUCCACGCGCACGACGUCCAAGACAAAGCGCACCAGGAGGAAAAGGCGCUGCUUUAUCUUUAAGAGACCAAGAAAAGCACAUCGACUCUCUCAAAAAAGAAAACUUUAACAUCAAACUACGCGUUCAUUUCCUCGAAGAGCGUCUUGCGCAGCUUGCACCCGACCAGAUAGAUGCUGCUCUCAAACAGAACAUUAACCUCAAGAUCGAGGUCCAGCAACGCGGUCUUGAGAUCAAGAAACUCAAGAAACUCGUCUUGGAGCUUGACGUGAUGUUGGAGCGUCUUCAGCGUGGCUCGACGCGCGACCAUGAUCUGGAAUCGCGGCUGCACGAGCGCGAACGCGACUUGGAGACACAGCUACAUGAGCGGGAACGCGAUCUUGAGAUGCAGCUUCAAGAGCGCGAGCAUGAGAUCAGGGAGUUGAGGAAGACCCAGGUCAUCAUUGAGCGCAGUGGGGACGACUCCAUAGAUCCCAGUUAUGCACGGAAAGUCGAGGAUCUGCGUGCUGAGAAUGAAGAACUUCGUCAUGAGCUCGAGCAGCGCGAUCAACUUCUCAUUGCACGCGAGGAGGAGAACGAGGCACUUGCUGACCAUGCUGAUCGGUUACAACUGGAGGUCGAGGAUUUGCAGCGACGGAGAGAAGCGGAAAGCAUUGAAAGGAGCGAGAGUCGGGCUCAAAUAAUUGAGGAGAGAGAGGAACGUGAGGCUCUACAACAGGAGGACGAAUUGGAGCUCAAGAACAAAGAGAUAGAUGAUUUAAUCCAGGAACAUGAUCGCGUCGUUGAUGUUGUCGAGGAGGAGGAGGGGGGGAGUCAGGUUGAAGAACUCAGAGAUGUCCUCGCAGAACGCGAAAACGAAGCAAGAGAACUCCGCCUCAAUAUCACAGAGCUCGAAGCCAAUACCAACGACCUCCAUGCCAAGUUCGAAGCCACACUCGCACAUCUCGAACAAGAAGCAGAGGAGAAAGAUGCCGAGCUCCGCGCUGCGAACGAGGAGAUCGAGCAACUCGGAAAGCAAGUAUACGCACUCGAGGAAGAUGCAGAUCGCAUGGCCGAGGAUCACGAACGUCAGAGAGAGGAUGACGCAGUCGAGCGCGAAACACUAGAAGCACUCGCGUCUGCGCUCAAAGAUGUACAAAGUCUCAGGACUGAAAUCCAACUCCAAGACCUCCAAGAACUCUACGACCAAUCUCUUCAAGACAUGCACGCACACCGAGCCCGUCAGGAAGAACUAGCGGGGCACAUCGAAGACCUAGUAACCCAAGUGAAAAGCGAACAGGAAGCUCGAGAGAGUCUUGAGCGCGAGUUCGACGAUUCUGAGCUCCGACGCGAACGCCGUGCACUCGAAGACAAAGACUCCGCACUGCGCAACACCCUCGAUGAUCUCUCACGCACGCAGACCCUCCUCUCACAACGCCAAGGCGACCUCGAAGCCGUCCAAAACGCACUUCGGGAUAUGGAACAACGGUCCAAGGAGCUCGGGGAGACCCAUACGACCGCGCGGUUCUCGUUGCAGCUAGAAGUCGACAGGCUAAAACAGGACGAACUAUCUCGUACGAGGAAAGAUGUCGGCGACCGAGAGGGUACGACUCGUGAUCGUGAAGAUCUGAUUCAUAAACUGCGGCUCGAAGUACAACAGCUCACCACACAACUCAACACCCAAACUCAAGCACGUCUCAGUCUCUCAGAGAAGCUUGACAGCGCGCAAAGCAGUCUCAAGACCGCUGAGGCAGAGUCGUUUGGGUAUAGGACGAGAGUGAAUGAGCUGGAGACGCGGUUGUCUAAGGACCAGCGGACGUUAUUGAGUGCUGAGAAUCAGUAUCGUGAUCAGCUUACGGAGCGAAAUACAUUGCUGCUUACGAUAUAUCAAUACAUGGAUAAGAUCCUCGGGGUGGAUAAGACUCCCAAGAAAGGCAAUCAAGCAGAAACGAAGCCCUUCACUAAUUUCAGCGUCUUCCACGACAACCUCAUCACACGGCUCAAAGCUCUAUCCCAGAUCCAACUUGACUUCGAAAAGCGCCUUGCUGAGAUGCGGAGGCAGCUUGAUGUGCGGUGGAAACAGAUUGAUAAGUUUGAGUCGAGCGUAAAGGCGUAUGGUGAGGCAAAGUCUACAUGGAGACGGAAGUUCACUGCAAGGAAGGGGAGAUUGAGGGAAUUAACCUCGCAACUAGUGACAUCCCGACGACCAACCCAAGGCGACUCCCAAGAAACAAAGACGCUCCUUUCCCGCGCAGUAAAUGCUGAGAAACGCCUACUCCUCCUAAGCGAAGAGAAGAUUUCGAACAUAAACCAAAAGACGACUACGGCUGAUCAGAAAUGGGAGGCGAGGGUGAAGGAGUACGAGACAAGGCUGAAAGCGGGGGAGGAGAAGUAUAAAAGGGAGAGGCAAGGGGCGAAGGAGAGGGUGUUGGAGUUGGAAAAUCAGAUGAGGAGUCUAGAACGCCAGAACGAACUCGCUCAAAAACGGAGUGCGCAACUGGACAAUGUGGCAGAGGCAAAUAAAGGUCCCUCGCGGCCACGGUGA